AUCACUCAAAUCAUGUGAUCGGCACAGACCAAUUGAGACAGGUUGUGGAAAGGGGAACAGUUAAAUUUGUAAUUUUGGUUGUGUGAAACACUUCUUUGGGCCUCAUAAACAACCACAGAACCACAAGUUGGGUACAGAGGCAGUCACACAAGAGCGGGUCCGGGAUAUUGGUCAGCAGACAGGGCAAAUCGUUUUGACUGCAAACCACAGAGUUUCGUAGAGUGGUGAAAGAAAUCAUAUAUUCCCCCACUUUAAAGAAAGAAUAAGUUUUAAAGAGGAAACUAUGGCUUCAAACAGCGUAUUUGAGUCAUUUCCUUCUUACCAACAGUGCUUCAUGAGAGAUACCAGCACCAGCCGCCGCUUCACGCCGCCCUCCACCACACUGAGCCCGGGGAAGAUGAGCGAGGCGCUCCCGCUGGCUGGCCAGGAGAACAGCGGCGCCCUGGUGGGGAAGCUGAGAAGUGCAGACCGCAGCAUGGUGGAGGUGCUAGCGGAUCACCCCGGGGAGCUGGUCCGCACUGACAGCCCCAACUUCCUCUGCUCCGUGCUCCCAACGCACUGGAGGUGCAACAAGACGCUGCCGAUUGCUUUCAAGGUAGUGGCCUUAGGCGAUGUUCCUGAUGGGACACUGGUCACAGUAAUGGCUGGAAAUGAUGAAAACUACUCUGCAGAGCUCAGAAAUGCUACAGCUGCCAUGAAAAACCAAGUAGCAAGGUUCAAUGACCUCAGAUUUGUGGGUAGAAGUGGAAGAGGGAAGAGCUUCACCCUAACCAUCACAGUCUUUACAAAUCCUCCGCAAGUAGCCACGUAUCACAGAGCCAUCAAGAUAACGGUGGACGGACCUCGAGAACCCAGAAGACAUCGUCAGAAACUAGAUGAGCAGACAAAGCCCGGGAGCUUGUCCUUUUCAGAGCGUCUGAGUGAACUGGAGCAGUUGCGUCGCACAGCCAUGAGGGUCAGCCCACAUCACCCAGCCCCCACACCUAACCCACGAGCUUCCUUGAGCCACACCACAGCUUUUAACCCUCAGCCUCAGAGUCAGAUUCAGGAUACAAGGCAAGUACAGCCAUCUCCUCCAUGGUCCUAUGAUCAGUCCUACCAGUACUUGGGAUCAAUUGCCACACCCUCAGUGCACCCUGCCACUCCAAUUUCACCUGGGAGAGCUAGUGGCAUGACAUCCCUCACUGCAGAACUCUCAAGCCGUCUCUCAAGUGCUUCUGACCUAACAGCAUUCAGUGAUCCCAGGGUGGGAAUUGAUCGCCCGUUCUCUACUCUUCCUUCAAUUUCUGAUCCUCGUAUGCACUAUCCUGGAGCAUUCACCUACACCCCAACACCUGUCAGUUCAGGAAUAGGAAUUGGUAUGUCUGCUAUGACCACUGCCACAAGAUAUCACACUUAUCUCCCUCCUCCAUAUCCUGGUUCUUCUCAGUCUCAAGGUAGCCCAUUUCAGACCAGCUCACCUUCUUACCAUCUCUAUUAUGGAACAUCAGCAGGGUCAUACCAGUUCUCCAUGAUGUCUGGGGGAGAUCGGUCACCCCCACGUAUCCUCCCUCCUUGCACUAAUGCUUCCACAGGGUCUACUCUCCUCAACCCCAAUCUUCCAAACCAAAGCGAUGUGGUGGAGGCAGAAGGUAGUCACAGCAACUCCCCUACCAACAUGGGCACCACAGCAAGGCUGGAAGAAGCAGUAUGGCGACCAUAUUGAAUUAAUUAUAAGUAGAGAUGGGCCAGGACUAAAGUGCUUUUUAUCUGCUGAUGCCCAUAGGUAUCCCAUAAAUAACUUUUCCUGCCUGUGGGCACUGCCAUGUUUAUACAUCACUUUCAGAAGGAAAGGGUCCAGAAGUCAGGACUUCAGGAAUGAUGUCAUGGUGUUAGCCAAUCAGUGAAGGGAUGUCAUUCUAGAAAAGUAGCCUUUUUCAAGAGCUGAACUUCGGAAAGGAGAACAUUUAAGUUGGUCUAGAGAUAGGGAAGGUGGGUAGAUAGACACCCAGGCUGUUUUCAGACCAGUGGCCUCCAAACAUCCUUUAUUUUGGAGGUCUCCAAAGUCCUAAAAAGUGCUUUGGUUCACUUCUAAUUUUAAGACUUAAAAUCUAACACAAUCUUGGUGAGUAUACUUAGUCAUAAGGACGUGUUAGUUAUAAGGAAGUAUAGGAAGAUUCCCAGAGGGAAACUGUGAAUGCUUCUGAUUUAGCAAUGCUGUGAAUGAGAAGUUUUAUAUCUUGGACAUUGACUUUUUUACCAGGUUAUAUAUUCCAAAGAAUAUGGAUUUUUUUUAUUAUUAUUAAUUUUUAAGGAUGCAACUCAUCCUGCUUUGCAUCUAACUUCUUUUAUUUCUUUUUUGGCACCUUAUACAUUGCAAAAAGAUUUCACUUUUUAAAAAAAAUCAUUCUUGCUUCUUUAUUGCUUUGUCAACUGAAAGAAUCAGCCCCUUUUCAAUGAGGUAAUUUAACGUUUUUUUCUUUUGGACUUUGUUUAAUGCAAUGGCUACAGCCUUAGGUCAUUUUUAACUACUGUACUAUUAUGAUUUCCUCAAUAUUUAUGCUUGAUGUUUAGACUUUUCUUAUUUGUUGAUACUAUUAUUAUUUAAAUAUGCUCUCUUUUUUUAUAGCAGCCAAAGUUAAAUUUAUAACAUUGAAAAAAGGCUGAGAUAACGAUGGGUAAUGUGACGUCUAGUUAUCUAGCCAUAUUGUUUACAUUUUGCUCCAUGUAUUUAAUCUGCCAUUUGAAACCCUAUAAAGUCAUUCUUUUCCUCUGCUGGUCUUUCAACACCAAGGGUUGAAACACUUGAAGGAUCAGCAGUAUGGAAGUAUAUAAUUUGUAAAGCAGACACAAUGGGGUCAUGCAUCUCCCUUCAAUCAAAUAUUUAGGGCCAUAUUCUGCUAUUGAUCUUGCCUGGGCUUCUUAUAGACUUUAGUAGGAGUCAACUACUCAUUCAAGGACAGAAUCUAGCAUAUAGUUGGCACUCCAAGAGUGAAAUCCUGGUGCCAUUUAAGUCAAUUGGAGGUUUGCCAUUGACUUAAAUAGGGUCAGAAUUUCACGCAAAGUUUCCAGCACAACACUCUACAUACCAGUGUACUCAAAAAUAAACCAAAUUAACAAAUUACAAGUAAAUGGAGCUGAAAAGUGCUAUCAGACUCAACUGGAAACCAGAAUAUCAAACAAGUGGAGUUUAAAAGUUCUGUGGUCAUAUAGUUCUGAAGGAAGAAGAAUAUUCAAAACUGGUGCACAGAAUAUUCUGUCCUAUAGAAAAUUUGCAAUGCAUUAUAAUAGUACUAAUCUGCUAUUAUGGAAUCAUCACUGUUGCCCAUCAUUAACAGCACAAACAUAUCAGAUGUCACUGUAAAUUUUAAGGCACUAUUUUAUUGGAGAGUUUGGUCUGAAUGCAUUUGUUGUACUACUCAUUAAUUACAAACUGCUGAUGUUGACAUGUGUGCAUUCAAAAUGAUCUGAUUGUUAUUUAAUGUACCUCUUAAAUUAGUGAAACAAUUGCAGGUCAACUCAGAAGAGUAUUUGAAAGCAGGACUUCAGAUCAGUGUUUGAUGUUUAAAAAAAAAUUUAAAGGAUUUGAAUUACAAAGAUCCUUGGCUGCAGGCAGCAAAACAGCUGGACUUAUUUAAAACCAUUUGUUUUUUGAGUUUUCUUUAUAUA